AUGGAGGAAGCCAAUGUGGUUGAAACUAAGGAGGGAACAAUCUCAGUAGCUUCUGCAUUUCCUGCUCAUCAGGAAGCUGUGCAGAACAGGGAUCACAAAUUUCUAACAAAAGCAGUUGAAGAAGCUUAUAAAGGGGUUGAAAGCGGAGAUGGAGGUCCUUUCGGUGCUGUUGUCGUGCUCAACGAUGAGGUUGUUGUCAGUUGUCACAACAUGGUCUUAAAGCAUACUGAUCCUACUGCCCAUGCCGAGGUCACUGCUAUUAGAGAGGCAUGUAAAAAGCUCAAUCAAAUUGAGCUUUCUGACUGUGAAAUAUAUGCCUCUUGUGAGCCCUGCCCCAUGUGCUUUGGUGCCAUCCACCUUUCACGAAUAAAGAGGUUGGUUUAUGGAGCCAAGGCAGAAGCAGCUAUUGCUAUUGGCUUUGAUGAUUUUAUUGCUGAUGCAUUGCGGGGUACUAGCUUCUAUCAAAAGUCCCAGUUAGAGAUCAAAAGGGCAGAUGGCAGCCAGGCCAUCAUUGCAGAACAAGUCUUUGAGAAAACAAAGGAGAAAUUUCAGAUGUAUUAA